AUGUCAGCGCCCAGUAUGGCAACAGCAGUAAAUAAUUCAGACGACGAAGAUGACUGGAUUUUUCAGUCGUUCAACAGGUAUAACAAUUUGCACAUGUAUGACCUACAGCAUCCAACACGAAAUAUUCAGUGGACAGCUAGCAAUACGGUCGUCAUCGCUGGUUGUGAAAAGGAAAAGCGCAGUGAGAUCAUCGAACUUUCCCUUCCCGACAAGCUUCUUGCUGCCGCUGAAAUACAGGGCCUCCACAAGGACAGAGAUUUCAGACUUGUGCAGGGCGGAUUCUGCCAGCAUGCGAUUCACGCACUGCGGUGUGUCAUCAAGGAGCGACUCAUUGCCACGACGACAGCAGCAGACACAGGGGUCACCGUGUGGAAACUGGAUUCAGAGGAAGGAGGCGUCAUCUCUCCCGUGCGCACGGUGACGACCGGCGUGACCGGUAGCCCCCUGGCGGCGGCGGCAGCGGACAGCAGGGUCGCCUUCAUCGACUCGCCGCAUCGUGUCUCCGUCGUCGACGUCAGUUCUCCCGAGAACACGCUACACACGUAUGACGUCGCGGACGACUCCUCCGCCAUGGAGUUCACGGACGCGCACACGCUCGCGACGUGUGGGGGCGCCACGGGUCGGCUCACGCUGCGGGACACGAGGUGCGACGACGGGGCGACGGCCGGGAUCACGGAAAUCCCCGUCACGCGCACGGGUGACGCCGCGUGGACGUUCUGCUCAGCAGGUGGCAGCAGCUGUUGUAGGUUCUAUCGGCUGUCGUCGGGCGGCCGUCUCCUCUGCACCGACGCCCGACGAGUGAACGGCACUUACUGGGAAGCGGACCUUGCGAUGAGCUGCGCACAGACGUGGCAGCACCUCUGCAUGCAGGCAUCGCCGGCGACACCUGGUGUUGUCUCAGUAUCCGGUUUCGACAGCAACGUACGCCUUUACGACCUCUCCGCGUCUCCGACCGAAAGCCAAUCGCAAGAGGCGCAGCAACCGCGCGACGAGGAAAGAUGUCGCUCGGCCGCGCGGCCGAUGUUUGUGCACGACGGACACUCUGCCUGCGCGAACACGGACGCCGCGGCGACGGCGGUCGCCGUGACGACGCACGCGUGGCAUCCGGAGCAGACGAACCUGAUUCUGUCGUCUGCUAGCGACGGCAGUCUACACGCGUGGGAAUGGAGGGAACCGACGACAUGACUCACGCGACGAAAUUCACAUUGAGACAUUCCGAUGAGGUGGCCAUCUUGUACGUUUACCGCGUCGUUUCGUACGAGGAAAUCAACACGGGUGACAGCUAAACACCGUCAGAUGUCUGGACACCAAUUUGGAGCACCGUGCAUCAAGCUUACUGAGAUUUUUGACCCUGUAUACAGAUUAUGUACAAAUGAAACCAUUGUUAUAAUAGAAUAAUCUACUUUAAAAUAGAAUAUACA